AACCAACCAACCCACCAAUAUAAUAACCAUGCGGAAUAGUUGGCGAGUUGCCAAUGGCUUUACAACAGUUUAAUGUAACUUGUGAAGGUGUCUAGUCAAAUCGGUGCGUACACAUUGAGCAACACGCGCAGAUACCAAAAUUCGUGCAUAAUUUUUUGUAAUGUAAUAAGUGGAUAAAUUGACAUUAUCAUCAUGAUGUGGAACGAUCUGUGCUUUAAACUUUACUUCUGGCCAUUUUUGAACUAUCUGGCGGGGCUCAAAGGAAUUUGCCCGUUUUAUAUAGGUUACUUCCUUUUUAUCAUGCUACCACCGGGUACUUUAAUGAACACGCCUUCCACAGCCUCCACAACAACCUCAACAACAACCACCACAACAACAACUACCACCACCGCAGGCCCUCCCACUGUGCCAACAUUUUCGCCUACCCCACCAACAUUUUCGCCUACAGCACCAACAGUCACAACGAUGCAGCCGUGCCCAGAUCAACCCUUGGCGUGCUUGAAUGGUAACGUGUCACCAAUACCCAACUGCCCAUGCAUUGAUCCAAGGCUGAGCGGAAUGGUGGGUAUGAUGGGGGCGCCAGGUAUGACAAUGACACCAUUGCUGGCUAGAUCAGGUCCCGCGUCAUCGGAAUUCCAAAAUGCUGGAGAAUUGUCAGAUCGUCUGACAUUUAUGCCAAUAAAUACACAAGCAAAUGCUCCUCCAAAUUUACAACCGAAAGCAAGUGGUUAUUUUAACUUUGCUAAUAGAGCGCAGUCCGGCGCAACAACGAAUGCUCCAAAUUUGUACGGACCCGUGCCCAUGGGCUCUGAUAUGAUGGUUUUUAGCUCACUUAAUGGUCGUCGACGUAGGAAGAGGCGAAAGUGAAUGUGAAAGUGAAUUAUGAAGAAUUUAAUUUUUAUAUGCACACAAACGCAUAUAUACAUACAUACGUAUAUACGCAUACUUAUAUACAUCUUUAUAUGUAUAUGAAUUUUGGUCUGAAGUAUAAAUCAAUAUAUAAAUAUCUAAUAUACUUAUCUCUAUCAAUCAAUGAAUCAACA